CUUUGACUGAACACAAUGAAGAGCCAAACGGUGCGUUUUGAGCUUAUCCUCCACUAUAUAACCACAUCCCUCUCCUUUCCAUCUUCCUUAACCCAUUCAUUUGCAGCUCAAGGGAGGAAAAAGAACAUGGCUCCGAAAUCACAACCGGUCAACCCAAAUCCCAACACGACUAUGAACGAGAUCCGUUACCGCGGAGUCAGAAAGCGUCCAUGGGGCCGUUACGCAGCUGAGAUCCGGGACCCGAGAAAAAAGGCCCGAGUCUGGCUCGGUACCUUCGACACUGCCGAGGAAGCAGCGCGUGCUUACGACGCGGCGGCACGAGAAUUCCGUGGCGCCAAGGCUAAAACAAAUUUCACCUACACUAACAUCAAUGACUUCACGCUAAGCCCCAGCCAGAGCAGCACCGUGGAGUCCUCUUCUCCGCCGCCGUUGGACCUCACACUCGCUAGCGGAUCUAUUUCGCUCCCCAUGACGGCGAAUCAUCCGGUGUUUUUCGUUGAUGUCUUUGCUUCCGCCGGUAAGCGUCUCUCCGAUGCCGGCGGAGCCCAGAGCGAUUCAGAUUCCUCGUCCUCGGUUGUUGAUUUUGAACGAGGGGUGCAACCGAGAGUGUUUGAUUUUGAUCUUAAUCAGUUGCCUGCUGAGAUGAUCUGAAUUCUUUUCCCCGUUUGUACCGGAUGUCGUUUUAAGCUUCGGUUUUCUGCGUUUUUUGCUUUCCUCUUUUAUGGUAAAAGCUGACAUGUAACGUGUAUAAAAGAAAUGUAACUUCUAGGGACCUAUUUUUAGCAACUUGAGGAAAUUCGAAAUUUCCUCAAUGUUGUUUCUACUUACUUAUAAUUAAAGUAUUUCCUUUUCUUUUUC